GAAAUACUACCUUUUACAUUACCUAUUCAAUGUAAUGUCUGAUGGGCCAAUAAUCUGUGUCAUAUGACUUGCACUUCUUGAAAAUUUACUCACAGAACAAAGUACAUUGAUCCUGUCAUAGUUCUUGACUGCAACUCGUUGAACAAGCUGUAAGUACACACAUACAGUUUUUGUAUCAUUUCGUAACUUUUACUGACUGUUUAUGUUUGAUUCAUAUGCAGAUUUUUUUGGCAUUCACAGUCAAACAUGGAAGAUUCCAUUCACUCAGCAAUUCUGAAAUUGUUCACGAUGAAACAGAUCUAGCUGAAAAGAGGCUAAAUGAAGCCAUGGCACAAAGGAAAAAAGAAUUACAACACAUGAAAAAUAUAAUGGGGAGACAAAUUAAACAGAAGAACAAAGAAGAUCGAAUCAGAAUUUCUCAGUUCAAAGAAUCCUUUAAAGGAAAAAAGGAAGUACCUAAUCGAAAUAAACCAUGGAAAACUAUCGAAUGGCAAAACUAUUGGAAUUCUUUGGGUAACCACGAACAAAACAACCUUGACAGGAGGAAGUCCCACUGCCACAAGAGUAUCUACACCAAAAUAGAUGAAAUGGCUGAGAACUUCAAUGCUUCAGUUGUAUGUUUAAUUCGUUAUCCCAACGGAACCCAACAUACCAAAUAUGUUUUAGCCAGUGGUGGGGGAAUUCAGUUUGCCCAAUCAGAAGAUGGCAUUCUUAUAGAUCAACUUUGGGUUCGACAUUGGAACAAAAAACAAGAGAAAAGACAGAAGUUGUGUGAAGAAAAGGGCAUAUGGCAAGAGAGAGCCAGCAAGAGAGAGAGAAGAGGACUGAAGAAAGUAAUCGACCAAGACAAUGAAUCACUACUUCAUGACAAUCCAAAGCAGAGAAACUUCAUUGAAAAAGGAGCCAGCAAAAGAAAUAGAACAGAGAGAGCAGGAGAAGAAGAAGAAGAAGAAAAAGAAGAAGAAGAAGAUCAAGAAGAAGAAGAAGAUCAAGAAGAAGAAAAAGAUCAAGAAAAAGAAGAAGAUCAAGAAAAAGAAGAAGAUCAAGAAAAAGAAGAAGAAGAAAAAAAAGAUCAAGAAGAAGAAGAAGAAGAAGAAGAAGAAGAAGAAAAUAACAAAAUGGAGAAACAGGUGAAGUGUAGUACAAAAUAUACUCCUCCGUCGAAAAAUGCAAAGCAAUAUCCUUCACCAAAUUGCCACGAAGAUGUGGACAGUUUGCUGACAUUGCAAAAUGAGAGAAAUAAUUUAUCACCUCUUUCCUCCGCUCCUCUUUCACCGUCCAGCACAAGGUCUUCGUCUCCCAAUUAUCAACACCGCGAAGAAGGGGAAAUAUUUGGGCCAAGCAACUCUGGAAUUCCUCCGCAAACGACAUUGAAGCGGGUGGCAGAUGGUACGGCGGGUACUGCGGCUGCUUCUCUUAUAAAAUAUCUCGUUUUUAAUAAAGACCACAAAUUGGCAAUUGAGCCAUGCGUAAAGGUCAGACGUUUAUCUGCGCCUUUCCAAACACAGGGAAAAACAAGAGGAACAAGACGAGGAAAUGGAAGGUUGCCUGGAAGACCGAAAGGACGAGGAAAGGUCCCAGCAGGAAAAAAAUUAUAGAACAGAAGUUCGUCUGAUUUGUUCUCCAAUACGCUGAUUUGUAUUUCAAUGGAAGUGUAAUAAUAUAAAAGCGUUAAUUACCAAGCAUCGAAACGUUUUUUUAUUUGUUGCGCUAUGAUAGUCGAAAACCACUUCUUUAUUUCCUUAAUUUAAAUUACAGUUAAAAAAUGAACAUACCACCUUUUAAAUAUAUAGAGUGGUUCGAGGUAGGGCUGUGGGCCGGGCCAUGAAAACCCGGGCCA